CACUCAUCCGAUCAUCCGUCCAUACCUCUCCAUCUCUCUACCGAGUAAUUAUCCAUGACUAAGUUCCCCUGCAGCAUGGCACCUAGCUAGUACUCCGUACUUAUACAUACAUAGGGAGCUGCUCCGCCACCGCCGCGAGAAUUUCUUUUUCUUACUUAUAUUCUGUCCCCCACCCAUCUACCCAGUGAUACUCUGCCUACACGCAGUCUCUCGUGGGGGUCAUGUAUUGAUACUAUCCUCCUCCCGACUUCCUCCAGGCUCCCGCUCCUACCACGACCAAUACCUGAUUGAUGAUUACGAGCUGAAUGAGUACACGAGUGGAGUCAUCAGAUCGACUUACGAGGAUAUCCUGGCUUGAUUGAGCUAUUUCUUUUCUUUUUGCCUAUUUGGAUUCGCUGUACCUGAUCGGUGCAGCCUGGAUGAAUGAUAUGAUACCCCCACAAUUAUACCCAUGUUCUUUUCUUUCUUCUUUCUCUGUAUGUCUUGCUUUCGUGACAUUACAAGGCGUCUUCGUGGCCGGUGAUUCGAGCUCGAAUUCCUCGUGCUCCUCCUCCUCCAUAACCCUAACCACGCAAUCCGACGCCGACUCCCUCUCCUCCUGCGACACCAUCUCCGGCACCCUCAGCAUCUCCACCUCCGCCAGCGGAUCCAUCUCCCUCUCCAACGUCCAAACCAUCAACGGCGGGCUCACCAUCCAAAAUGUCACCUCCCUGACAGCCUUCUCGGCAUCAGAUCUCCAGACCGUACACGGCAAGAUCUAUAUCGCGGGUAAUGAUCAAUUGAGCAAUCUCUCCCUGUCCGAUCUGCAGACUGUUGGCGGGGAGAUUGAUAUUCAGGAUAAUGACGACUUGAGGGAUUUGGUGUUCCAAGAGUUGGAGAAGGUGGAGGGGGCGUUGGUGCUCGAGGGGGUGUUUGAUGAUAUCAAAUUCCCCUCCCUCAAACACGCCAAAGGCCAAACCCUCAUAAACUCCCACGGCGGCUCAUUCCGCUGCUCGAGCCUAGAUUCCCUCCGCAACGGUAAGAGUGACGACGAUGAUGACAACGAUAAUGACGACGACAAUACCCGCAAACGCAACAACAACAACAACAACAGCAGCAGCAGCAGCAGCAGCAGCAGCAACAACAACGGCGUCUUCCAAGGCUCAUACUCCUGCACUGACGGAUCCAGCAGCGGCCUCAGCACGGGAGCCAAAGCCGGGAUCGCAAUCGCAGUGAUCGUCCUCGUUUUACUCAUUCUCUUCCUCGUCUGGACGGUAGUUAAGAAACGACGGAUUCGACGGAGAAGACGCAAUAUCAAUACCCAGGAUGGAAACGUAUAUACGGCUGUUGGGACGGCGCGGGAUGAAGAGAAAGUCAUAGGGUCGUAUGAGAAACCGCUUCCUCUCCCGCUCACCGGUUCUUUGGUCGGGAGGAAUGGUGGUGCUGGUAGUGAGCCGAUGAAUGUGGUCGGUAGUGGGAUACCCCGGAAACCGUUAUCGCCGCCGCCUGUAGAGGACAACGGGAUGAAUAGGGAUGGGAAUCGAGAAUCCAUGCUGUCGACUUCCCCGCCUGUCCCGGCCGCACUCCUGCCCGGGGAUCGAACAUCGCGAUCACCGCCUCUCGAUGAAGAUGGUCGCUCACUGUUCUUGCAUCCAAUUCCGCGGCGACGACCGUCCGAGACGGAUGUGCCGUUGUUGGAUAGUGGAGACGUGCAUGAAGCGCCGGGGAGUCCGAUGCGGAGGGAGACGUUUGAGUUGGAUGCGGGACCGGUGCGAGGGACGCAUCAACAACCUAUUAAUCAUGAGUGAUAUCCCUGGCGCGAGAGAUGCUACUCGAAGCAACUAGAUUAUGGUAUAUAUGUGAUCAUGUCAAUAGGUGCAAAGAAUUUUAAAACAUCUAACUGUACAAUUAGAUCAAUCGAUUCAUAUCAAACAAACCAAACCAAACCAAAUGCAUCCUGAUAUCACCCAUCAUGAUAGUAUACAUCAUGCAUUAACAAUCAUCGAUUAGAUUAUGACUUCGCUCGCACUGCCUGCAGUGUCUCGCCC